UUCGAAUCCUGCCGACUACGGCGCGGAUUUAUUUUUCAAAGGGCCAAACUUUUAAUUGAAGCGCCUUGAUCCUAGCAGGGCGGGGGUUUCCCGGAAGAACCAGGAUGGGGCCGCCAGAGGCAGCGUAAGCCCAGCUCUUGGGAAGGGAAACUCGUGACACUCCGAUCUCCUCCUCCUCCUCCUAUUCUCCAGCCUUGCAACAGCAGCGGCACUUUCGCUGCGCGCAACUCGAGUCCCAGCAAAGUCUGCGCUGCGCCGGUGGAGCUUUGGCGACGCCAUGCAGCCCAGCUCGGGGCCUGCCGUGCUGGUCACCACCAGACCUCUUCAAAACACCCACACAGGGAUCGAUCUGUCCGUUCCAGAGUACCAGGAAAUCCGGGGAAAGAUGAUGUCAGGCCAUGUGGAAUAUAAUAUUGUCGCCGUGACGCAGCUGCCUGCUUUCAAAUCAUCAAAGCACAAGCCAGAAGACAUAAUUCAGUUUAUGGUCUCAAAGAAGUACAGCGAGAUUGAGGAGUUUUAUCAGAAGCUGGCUACACGUUACCCACAAUCCUCUCUGCCACCACUGCCAAGGAAAGUGCUGUUUGUUGGGGAGUUUGACAUCCGGGAACGGAGAGCUGCCUUUAAUGAGAUCAUGAGAUCCAUUUCCAAAGACACAGAUCUAGCAACAAGUCCCGAGUUAAUGGAAUUCCUAGGAACCAGACCCACCGGCGCCACGGACAUCAAAAGUAAAAACCUCCCCAAUGCGGAAGACAAGGAUGACGAAAACGAAGCCUUUGAUUUCUUCAAAGAGGAAAGGACGCCUGACCCCAUUCCCCUGUUCAAAUCCUCGAAAGAGCAGGAUGUUAAAGAGAGAAAAGAAAAAGAGGAAGAGGAGGACGGGGAUGAUGAUGAUGGAGACCCACUUGGUGUUAUCAAAUCUAAAAAGGCUGAGAAACCCACGCUUCCUCCAGCCAAAGACGGGAAGCCCAAGUUAACGAUUUUUGAUGAAGAAGCCGUUCCCGACGAAGGACUGUUUGGCUCAGCUCAAGGGUUUUCUUUCAGCGGCAGCAAGAGGAUAUUGGCAGCCGAAAAAAAUCUGAAAUUGUUUGAAGAUCCAGACCUUGGUGGAGUGGUAACUCUGGGUGACUUGCUGCUGUUGCCUACUGCCUGUGCAAGCACAGAACAUGCAUUAAGCAGUAACCUUGAGGAGGACACCGAGGAGCUAUUGAGAGUGGAAGAGGAUUUUGAGAAGAUGUGGAAACUCAGCUCCAAGCCCAAGCUGCCACCUAAGCCAACGUUACCAAAGAAGCCAGCAGUAACUGAUGCAAAACCCCCAUUGUCCUCAGCCCCCAAAACAAAGCCAACGGAAGUAAAGGCUCAGACCAUGGGCGAAGUAGAUAUCCUCCAGUACAUUCAAGAAAACGAAUCCAUCAGCAGUGAAGAACCAAGACUGUUCUGAAACACACACUAUGCCAGACUUUUUCCUUUAGGAAGAACUUCCAUCAGCCUUCUGCGUCUGGUUGGACAGAGCAGGCUUUGGCCCAGCACCCUCGGUUGACAGCUUGCCUGCUGGUUCAUUAUGGCAAAGAGAGCAGAUUUGUAAGGAGCAAAUCAAUGAAUGGCUUGUGUGUGUUCUGACCGCAGAGCAGCUGGGAUCAGAUCAAAGAUGCCUUAUGUUUUUUUUCAGGGAGUUUCAAGAGCGAAGCUAGAAUUUUGUUGAAAGUGAGAGUGCUAUCUUGUUUUGUUUUGUUUUGUUUUGUACUACAGUUGUAGUUCAAACUGUUGAAAUAUGUUAAUACAACAUAAUUUCGGGCAAAUUGAUUAUUUGAGAGGUAGAGGGGAUAAAAGGAGCGGACUUAGUAAGGUGGGUGAGUAAAGUAAAAUAACUUUAUUUUCUUAAUUGGAAAUAGUUUUAACUGCUUCUCCUUGUCCCUAGAAUCAGAGAAUUGUAGAGUUGGAAGGUAUCCCAAGGGUCAUCUAGUCCAACCCCCUGCAAUCCAGGAAUCUCUGCUAAAGCAUCCAUGACAGAUGGCCAUCCAAAUUCUGCUAAAAAAAACCUCCAAGGAAGGAGAGUCCACAACCUCCUGAGGGAGACCGUUUCACUGUCAAACAGUUCUUAUUGCCAGAAGGUUUUUCCUGGUAUUUAGUUGGAAUCUCCUUUCUUGUAACUUGAAGCCAUUGGUUCGAGUCCUGGAGCAGAAGAAAGCAAGUUUGCUCCUUCCUCCAUUUGACAGCCCUUUAGAUAUUUGAAGAUGGCUCUCAUAUGUCCUCCUAGCCUCUUCUUUUCCAGGCUAUAAACAUACACAGCUCCUUCAACCAUUCUUCAUAUGGCUUGGUUUCCAGAUCCUUGAUCGUCUUGGUUGAGAGCCAGUGUGGUGUAGUGGUUAAGAGUAGUAGACUUGUAAUCUGGUGAACCGGGUUCACGUCUCGCUCCUCCACAUCCAGCUGCUGGGUGACUUUGGCCUAGUCACACUUCUCUGAAGUCUCUCAGCCCCACUCACCUCACAGAAUGUUUGUUGUGGGAGAGGAAGGGAAAUGAGAAUGUUAGCUGCUUUGAGACUCCUUCGGGUAGUGAUUAAGUGGGAUAUCAAAUCCAAACUUCUUCUUCUUAGUUGAAAUAUCUCCUUGAAACAACUUUGAUUGGCUACAGGGCACAUACAGCAUCCCCCCCCCAGACGCAUAUUGCCCCAUAUUUAUGGUGUUUAUAUGUAUAUGGGGUGUCCAAGUGCUUCUUCAUGAGAAGCACUAGAUUUUCUAUUCUGAUCAUAGUUUGCUGUGGUGUAUUGCAGACUCUGCUCAAUAGCCAGAGUUUCAGGAGCAGCUUGUUACGUAGCAGGAAAAGGGAGGGGGAAAUGUGGGAGUUUUGAUCAUAGCAUCUGGUUUUCAUCUCUUCAUCUCCAUUUUUAGGGCUAAGGUGCAGACUUCUUUUUACAAGCUGAAAUUUUCACAUUUCUUGCUAUCGCUUUGGGUGAGGAGAGAUUAAGUUGGAUAUGGAACAGUGUAAGCUAAAAGCCCCGUAAAUCCAUCUCUGCCAACGUUCACGAGCAUUUUGUGAGUUUAUUUAAAAGCUGCCGCUUUAUAGAUGUCAAGCCCUUGAUAUAGAUGCUUAUGCUAUUUGUAAGAGGGUUGAGGAAAAGGAACGGAAAUAUGACCUGUACCAAUGGGAUCAAAUUGCAAAAGAAGGGUUAUUUUUGGACUAAACAUUAAGAUGAACAUAAUUAUAGGAUUUUAGGCAGAUGCCACAACUCAGGGUUAGUGGUGGAUUUCUUGCAAGAGAUUCAACUAGAUGGAGAAUGCUUUGACCUUGCAGAUGUUCCCAUCAGCCCCAGCAAGCAUGGUCAAUAGCCAGGAAUGAUGGGAGUUGUAACUGAACAAGGACCACCUCUCCCCAUAUGAACUGACCUUGACCCUGGAAUCCUUAUCUGAGGCCCUUCUUCAUGUGUCUCCACUGUCAGAGGUCUGGAGGGCAGCAACACAAGAACAGGCCUUUUCUGUGGUGGCUCCCCUCUUCUGGAAUGCUCUCCCCUGGGAGGCUCGCCUGAUGCCUUCACUGCAUAUCUUCAGGUGCCAGACAAAAACAUUCUUUUUCUCCCAGGCCUUUGGCUAAUCAAGCAGUCUAUAUGGACUUUUAAACUGUGUGCGGUGAGGGUUAUUGUUUUUCUCUGUUACUAUGUUGCAUAUUUUUGUGUUUUUACGUUGUAAACCAGCCUGUGAUCCUUGCAUGAAGAGUGGUAUUGAAAUUUAAUUAGCAACAGCAGCAGCAGGAGAGCCAAAGGUUCUGCAUACCCGAACGGGAUGAUUGCUUCCAACUCGAUUCUAUAUUUUGAUGGUUCAGUUAGACACCUGACUAAAGUGCUUUGAAAUUGUUUUUCUCUUUUUAUAUGAACCUAUCCUAUGUCUUUCUCAUUCUCUUUUUUUUUUAAAACAUACUUUUUAUUAAUUUUACAAAAUACAAAAAAACAAAAAAACGGUACAUACUUAAACCCCUUUUCCACCUCCUUCCUACCCACCCACAUGGGUCCUCCCCUGCCACAGAAGUAUCCCAUGUUUGUGAACAGUCAGAAAUGGUCCAUUUUAUGCUUGGAUUUCUGUCCUCCUCCCCCUCCCCUGACCCCAAAGCCCCCCCCUGCCACCAGGGAGCUCCAGCAAACCAGGGCAGUACGCAGGAGGACAUCCAUCCAACCAUCUAUUGUUAUACCAAAAAAAGAGAAAAAUAGAAAUAGGAAAAAAAGGGGAAAAAGAAAGGGCGAAGAAAAAAAAGAAAAAGAAAAAAACAAUACAAAACAGAAAAAUUUUUCUUGCAUUCAUAGUUGAAAAACCAUAUUUUAUGGGCUUCCCCUCCCCCCCUUCCCCGGUUUUCAUCCCUUUUUUAUCAUCUGCAACAGUUUCUUACUUUAUAAAAAUACACCUUUGUAUCUUAUACAACUUAUAAAUCAAUUGUUAACAUUUUCAUCUAAUAUUCAAAUCACUGAAAAUUCAAACUCCCAUUUUCUCUUCCCGUGCCUAAUUUUUUUUUCUCCCUCUAUAAGCCUCCAUAUUUUCACAUUUUCCAAAAUCCAUUCACUUUUAAAACUAUAACUAUUCUCAAUUUAACCUUACAUCCCCGAUUACCGGCUCCACCCCCCCCAAUCCAGCAAAUUCCAAAAUCAGCAGACCAGUUAUAAACCUGUUAAUCCAUCCUUAUAAUCACAACAUCAC